UAGAGACGAGGAAGAAAUGCGCGCCUGCCACUUCGUUCUCGAACGCACGUACCUCUCGCGCGGGCGCUCGUUCCCGCGUGCCGAAAUCGAGGCGCCCUUCUGCCGAGGUUCCGCCCGUACACUGUCGCUCCCGCUUCCAGCAACAGCGGGGUCCUCUCGCCAGGACUCCGGCCGGGACCGACCGCCCCCUGACGCGCGACCUCGCCGGAGGCCUCGAUCGCCAUGAAGCCGUCCGGCUUGAACACACCCACAUUCCUGGACGACGAUGAUGACCAAGACAACGACUCGUCGGUGAGCAGCAGCUCAUCCUACGACCAGAGUGGUUUUCUGGAAAGUCUCGGCUCUGUAGCUGAAGGUGCCGGCGACGGUCAUGCAUCGUCGUCCGCUUCUGACUCCGCGGCUGCAGACGACCAACCGCACGCACCUGCUGUAACAGACGGCGCAGGAGACGCAGCGGAAGAAGCUACGAUGCCAGAGCUUGAUGUGGUCGUCGAUCUCAGCGUUCCGGGGCCAUCGAUGAGCAGCGAGGUUCAGCACAGUUACCAGCUGCGAUCGCGCAUUCCGCGGCCUCCGAACGCCUUUAUGCUGUUUGCACAGGAGAGAAGGCGAUCGGUGGCCGCUGAGAAUCCCAAUGAAAACAACCAGCGUGUAAGCAGCCGGCUGGGUAAGCUGUGGCGAUCCCUGAGCGCAGCCGACAAAGAACCAUACCUGCGCAAGGCGGCCGAAGCUGCUGCUGUCCACAGAAGGAAGUACCCAGGCUACGUCUACAACCCGCGCGAGGCCCGCCGACGCAAGGAGCAGGAGCGCAGGGCCAAGGCGGUUGCCAGCAAGAUGGACGGCUCCGGCGACCACGAGCCAAGUGCUUCCACGGCCGCGACGCAGGAUCGAAGCAGCCCGGACUUCCAGCAGCUACCCCAUUCGCUGCCUCCGCCGCAGAGGAACAGACGACGGGCAGCCAGUACUGCCCGGUCUUCGGGCGCCGGCCAGGCGACGCCAACGAGGCCGACGGCCGCUGUCUCGGCCACUGCAUCAGCUCGCUCGGCUGCGCAGCCAUACAGUGUGCACCGGUUUCCCGGUCCUCUGGCCCCAUCACUCCGCGGGGCCCCCGUCAGAGGAGGCACUGCGUCCGCCGCUCAGUCCGCUGCAGCUCAUCCAUUCAGCCAGCCGAGCCCGCUGGUUGCCUGUGGCAGAGACUGCGCCGCCGUGCCUCAUCCGCAAAUGAGUGGUUCUGGCUUGCCACACGCAGCCGACGGAAGCGCCCGACAACUGGGGUGGUUCUUCGACACCGCCCAGGCCGCUGCUGCUCACGUGGCUUUGGGAGUGGCCGCAACACCGGUGUUGUGCUGGCCGCUUCUGGCUACGGCUGGACCUUCGACCCUGACGCCAUCUUUGCCCUUGCUACUGCCCGCGGCUGUGACCCCCGCGGUGGCCAGACACCACUUCGCCGUGCCAGGUCCGCCGAUGCCACCGACCAGGCAUGACGCAACAGCCGGACCUGACUCUAUGCAGUUCUUCAGUGCGAUGCAGCACGAGCAACAGAGGAACAGCAUCAACGCCACCAGGAGCACACUGAACGGAACCGGGAUUGCGACCACGGCAAGCCGCCAGCAGCAGCAGACCGCGACGCCGCACCGGGGCCCAGCACGUGCUGGGGCCUCCAGCGCGGCCGCAGCGCUGUGGCCACCGGCAGCGGGCCAGCCCGCGCAGCGCCGGGACGCCGGCGGCCCUUUCCAGCAGUGCGCCUUCGCGGCCUCGGGCCACGAGAUGGCCGGCACCGCCAUCGCCUGUCCCUACGCGGCGCAGGUGUGCUGUGCGGGCGCCGGUGCCCAGGGCUUCGGCGCUCAGCCCUACGGCGCGCUGCUCGGUGCGUCCGCGGGCCACGGUGGCGGCGCCAUCUUGAUGGGCACGCCGACGCUCUUCCCGGAGCCCGCAACCAGCGGCUCGAACCACGCGCGCGGCAGACCUGCUGCUGACCGGUACCACUCUCGGCCCCUGGUGCAGCAACAGGCUGUACAACAGCAGCAGCAGCAGCAGCCGCAACAAGCUGCUGCCCGGCAGCCGCAACCUUCGCAGCUGGGCGUGAACCUGGCCGGGUGGCACCAGAUGAGCGCACCGUGGGGCGGCCCUUUCGGCCCGGACGUCGACCUCGCCAUGCAGAUGAUGAUUGGCCGCUCGGCACCGCAGCGGCAGCACUCAACGACGCCGACGUACACGGCUGCGUCCGGAAACGCGCCGCCCUUUCGACGUCCGACGUAG